UUCUUCAAAACAAUAGAAGGGACAUAUUUUCGUCACUAUUAUCUGUUUUAAACAUAUAGCUUAUUCAAAGCCGAAGAUCGUAAGCAUGAUAUAAUAAUAAAAUUUUAAAUUAUAUCAACAAUGUCUCAUAAAUAUUGUAAGACAUCAUAAACAAUUAUUUUAUUCUUAACAUUUACAAUUGUCUUAAAAAUUUUACUAUAUUAAAUAUAUAGUUCGAAUUGCUUCAGCGAAAUGAAACUAUACAAUUUAUAUGUAGCAUAUAAUUCAAGUAAGUUGAUUGAUUGAUGUAACGCGAAUCAGCUCGUUAAGUAUCACAAAUAUAGUUGCCGCGAUUAUUGGUGAACGCAUGAGAUGAAUUCACGGAGUUAAAAAUGAUCGAUAAAAAAGUGAAUCAUAGUCUGGUAAUUAGAAACAGUACAGUAUAUACAGUAUGAAAAUGCCCGUUGUACAACAGCUUCAUUCAUUGUACGUCUCUUCGAAUGAACGAACGAACGUCGUCUGUUGUGAUCUGCGAACCCACCCCGGUUACCAUGGAAUCAUCAUUCCGCGAGGUGGGGCGCAUGUGGCAGCUACACUCGGGCAACUUCGUAGUGUCAAGGAGUUUUCUUCGCAGUACGCGUUCAUUCGUUGAUGGGGUUGUUGUGAACGAGAAAAAGAAGAAAUAUGACUACAAAACUUCUCAAUUUAACGCUGUAAAUGAUCCAUCUGGAUUUUGACAAGCUCGCAUUCCUUCAAUAAUGGAUUUUUUAUCAACACGACUUAAAUCAUCACCAAGAAUUAAAAGA